AAAGUGAGGUUAUAUUUAGAAACAUCAUCCUGUUUGUGUUUUUCUAUACUAUAUUUAUUUAAAAAAAAAAGUGUUAAUUGUUAAAAAAAAAAUGGUUCAAAAUAAGGAAACUCUGAUGGAAACAGAUGAUUCCGAGAAUACAUCAAUUAAUAAUGAAAUAUUCACAAGAGAAUCAGCUAAUUAUCAAGAUCUCGCGUCUAAAUAUCGUGAUAUUUCUGAUAAUUAUUCUAAACAAUUCGCUAAAAUAUAUACGGCAAGAAUAACAGAAUUAUCCAAAGUUCUCAUUGAAAAAACACGGGAAAAAUGGGGUAAUGUAAAAAUUCAUCAACUCUCUGAAUUAGCUGAGAGUGAAGGAGAGAAAUGUAUUAUAAUUGGAACACUUUAUAAACAUCAACAAAAUAAACCCUCAAUAUUAAAGGAAUUAAGUGAAGAUGAACAAUUAGUUUUACCUGUUGUUAGAGAUGAUUAUUGUUCUGAUGAUGAUCAAGUUUUUCUUGAGGACGAUACAUCACGUAUUAAAUUAGUUGGUAAUAAUGUCAAUAUAAAAGAUAUUGUGACUGGUGUUGUUUGUGCAGUAUUAGGACAUCAGGAUGAAAAUAGUUCUUUUAAGGUUGAAGAAUGGUGUUUUCCUGGUUGUUUACCGCAGGAAAAAAUUACAUCGACAAAGGGAAAAUUAGUUUUAAUAUCAGGUCUUGAAUUAGCAACUACUGAAGCGAAUGUGGAAUUAAAUUUAUUGAUAGAAUGGCUUUGUGGAAUGAUAGGCGAUGCCGAUACACAAAAAGAGGGGGCUUCAAUUGUUAGAGUUAUUAUUGCAGGUAACAGUAUUCGAGGAAGUUCUGAUAAUCAUAUAAAUAAAGGACUUCAAGGUGGAAAAGCAAUUGAUCAAGCUGUCUCAAAGGAAAUUGCAAUUGGUACGAAAAAAAUGGACGAUUUGCUUUCUGAAUUGGCGAAAUUUUGUUGUGUUACUUUAAUGCCAGGACAACAUGAUAUUGCAACAUUUAUGAUGCCACAAAAACCUUUGCAUUCUUGUAUGUUUCCUCAAUCUCGAAGAUACAAUUCUGUGAAUGGAGCGACAAAUCCCUGGAUUGGCAAAAUAGGAAAUUGUCUUAUUUCCGGAACGAGUGGACAACCAAUUGAUGAUCUAAUUAAAGUCAGUGGUGCUAAUUAUUUAUCUCCAAUCGAAUGGCUUGAAAGAACUUUAAAUUGGCGACAUUUCUGUCCUACUGCACCCGAUACAUUGCCUUGUUAUCCAGAUUAUGAGAAAGAUAAAUUUAUUAUGGAAGAAUGUCCAAAUAUUUAUUUCGCUGGGAAUAUGAACAAAUUCGAGACUAAAUUAUGGAAAGGUGAAAACAAACAAAUUGUGAGAUUGAUUUGCAUACCAAAGUUUUCUACUACAAAAACAAUUGUUGUUGUUGAUUUAGAAAGUUUUGAAACUCGAACCGUUUCCUUUGGAACUAGUUAAGAUCAUCUCUCUAUCUUUCUCUUGAGAAAUCAGGUGAAAUAUUUUCUUUUUGUCUCACAAAAUAGUUUUUUAAUAGUUAGUUAUUUAAUUCUAGUUCUUCUUUUUAAAAAAAAACAAGUUUUAUAAAAUACAAUUUUUUAAAAAAUGCUAUUUAAAAAAUUUUUUAAGUUUAUUUUUCCUUUUGUACAAUUUUUUCUAUUUCACAAUUCUUUUACUUUUUUUUUUUUUUUUUUUAUCAAUUGGGCAUUUUUUUUUUUAGUAAAAUUAUAAUUUCACGAUAAUAAAAAAGAGUAUACGAAAAUUAAACUUAGUGAAUUCGUUUUCUGUUUUAUUCAGGACUUUUUUUUUAAAUAUAGUAUCACAGAACGUUGAAGGUAACAUGCUUCAAACAUUACAAUGAAGUACCCAAGCGAGUUUUCUUUUUUUUUUUUUUGUUUUUUUGUUUUUUUGUUUUUUUACAACUUUGGUAAAAUCUCAAUUUAUGUGCUUCGCCUUACAGUGUACUAUUGGAUGUAAUCUGAUGAAACCGAUGAACUUAAUUCGUGUCAACAGCACGAUAAUAAUAAUAAUAAUAAUAAUAUUAAUGUCUAGACUCGACUCUCACACUUAAUUUGAAUAAUUUCGUCCUCUUGAUCGUAAAUAGUGUUUGCAAAACGUUAACAUCGUAAAGCUAUAGUUUAAUUGGUGCAAAAUGAUUUCUUUUUUUCUACAACACUCGCACAAAUACGCGGCAAAUUUUUUUUUUAAUUUUUUAGAAAUUAUAAUUUUUUUAAAAAUCAUUUUCUCACUUUCAGACUCAGACACUGUCGCACACAAAAUUAUUUUGUUUCGUAUUUCUGUUGUGAAAAUUUUUUUUCUUGUUAUACGUAACAAUUUUUUUUUUUCUUUAAAUCACUUUCUGUUAAUACUGUCAAGAUAAAUUGUUUCUCAUUUUUUGAAAUUUUUUUUUUUUUUUUUAGUAAAAAUACAAUUUUUUAUACAAAGAAAUCAUUAACGAGAAAGAGGACAGUUUUUUUUGAAAAAAAACUCCUAGUACGUAAUGGCGUAUCACGUAUAAUACAUAAAAAUUUUAUACAUCGACACCUUGUUAAAAAAAAAAAAAUGAAUAAAAACAAGAGGAUCUGCAGAUCAUGAAUAACUUAUUACAUGAUACAUUCGGUUUACACUUAUAUUAUUUUACGUACAUACAUGUGAUGAAGCGCAAUGAAAUGCGAAAAAAGGAUCUUUAAAAUUCAUCCUUAAAAAAAACUAGAUUCUAAAAAAAAUAA